ACUUCCCUUAGUUUUCAUUAUUGACUAAUCGCUGUUGGCGAAUCAACUUGAUGGGCCAAUCAAAAAUACUGUAACAUAAAAAGCGAAUUUAAACCAAGAAGCGCCAUUGAAAUAUGUUUUGAAUAUUGUCGAAUGUAAAUUUUGAGCAAAAAUGACAUCCCCAUCCCAGUUAAGAGAUGAACUUGCAAAAUGUCUGGAGUCAUCCAUGCAAAAGUUCCAUAACAUUUGGCUUGAUAUUGGAAUAUGUGAGUCUCAACAAAAGCAACGCUCAGAGACGGUUGUUGAACAUCUCCGCAACCUACUGGAGGAAAUGGUUCAAGAGGAAGAAAUGUUGAGGAGUCAAAUCAGAACCAGAAUAGAAAAAUAUAGUAAAGAAGUCAGAGAAUUAUGUGAAGAUAUGUCCUAUCCUGAUUAUCAGUUCAAGAAAUCAUAUUCAAUGCUACAGACAGAAAAAGACUUGAAAAUGAGAAUGGAAACACUUUCUAAUGAAAAAGCUGAGAGAGUCAGAAAAUUCGACCAUUUCAAAGACCAAGAUCAGCACCUCUGUGAUAUAAUGUGUUUAACGCCAUAUUACAUUCCUUCAGGGAGUACUCCUACUUUAGAACAGCUCCAAGCUUUGGAAAAUCAUGUUGCUUCAUUGAAAAUAGAAAAGGAUAAAAGAUUCCAUGAAUUUGUGAAUUCAAAAAAAGAAAUUAUAAAACUAUUCUCAGAAAUGGAAAAAUCUCCAGAAACAGAAUUUGCCCGUGAUGUUGUGUGUGAAUCAGACUCCACAUUCCAGCUCUCCACAGAAAAUAUGAAAGCUUUAACAGUUUUAAAAGUAGAGUUAGAGGAAGAGAAAGAAGAAAUGAAAAUGAAAGUAGAUCAAUUAUGGAACAAAUUACAUGUAUUAUGGGACAGGCUAGAUAUAGGGGAAAGUGAAAGAGCUAACUUUUCUAAAGGAAAAACCAGUGUUAAAGAACCUGUUGUUAAAGCUUUGAAAGAAGAAAUCAGUCGGUGUGAGAAAUUAAAAUUUCAAAAUAUACAAAGAUUUGUAGAAGGCUUGAGGAAAGAACUAACAGAAUGGUGGGACAAAUGUUACUAUAGUCAACAACAGAAAAGGGCUUUUACUGCUUUCAAAUCAGAAAAUUUCACAGAGGAAUUGUUACAGCUACAUGAUGAAGAAGUCUUAAGAAUGAAGACAUACUAUGAGAAACAUCAUGAAUUAUUUGAAGAUAUAAGUAAAUGGGCUGACCUAUUCAAAAAGAUGUUGGAGCAUGAGAGGAAAGCUAAUGAUCCUAACCGAUUCAACAAUAGAGGUGGAAAAUUAUUACUAGAGGAGAAAGAAAGGAAAAAAGUCUUAAAGGAGCUACCUAAGGUUGAAGAGGAUGUUAAGGCCCUAAUAGCAGAUUGGGAAAAACAACAUGAGAAACCAUUCUUAGUGGAUGGCAGACGAUUUGUAGACUACAUAGAGAAACAAUGGGCAACACAUCAAAGCAGCAAAAUUAUAGAGAAAGAAGAAAGGAACAAGGCCCGAGCCAAGUUAAUGGAAGAGGAAAUGACCUAUGGCAGUAAACCUACAACUCCAGCUAAGAGACGAUUUAUUGGUACUCCUAGUAAGACACCAACUAAUAAACAAAGAAGAAUUGACUACAAUAGUACUGGUAGCAGCAGUUGUAGUAGUGGGACAUCAUCGUUACGAGUCACUUUAAAGGUGAAGAUGAAUGACACAAAUAAAACACCAGCUUCAUGUGGUAGAUUACAGCAGAACAGUGUGUUUGCAUCUCCUAGGCCUCGGGUUCCAGCAUCAGCCAGUAAAAUUCUUGCUUCGAGUAGAAGGCGAUCAGGGAGAAUAGCUCGUAAAGUGUUAGGUGAGAAAGUGAACUUUGGGAACAGUCACAUGACAACUCAUUAUACCACAUCAACCAAUCAAAAUGAUACAUUUAGUCAAACAACCUUGGGAAGCUGUGUGCAAAGUGUUGGAGUAUGUAAUGCAUCAACGAUGGAAUCAUAUCAUGAAUUUGAGAAAGCUGUACAUCAUAACUCCAAGGCUAACUGUAGAAGUAGUAUCAUACCUAAAAGUCCUGGGAAGUUAUAGUGCCAAGACAAUUUGUACAGAGAAUUGUGUAUACACUUAUGUACAUAAUGUAUCUAUACUAUCUUAUCUGUAUAUACACUUACACAUAUAGACUGGCACAUAUAUACAGUGUACAACACAAAGGGCAUUUACAUGUAUUGUCACAGUCAGACUGAUUUGAUUCCAGUUAUUUUUAUAUUGUGAUGCCUUUAAAAAAAAUAUUCAUAAACUGAACUUAAAUGUAAAUCUUUGUAAUCAAAAAAUAUAUACAUCUCUGAGUAAAUUUUGCAAAUGAAAAAAACAAAAAUAGAAUACUUUAUGAAAAAUACAGGUAAAAGUAAAUGCAGCUAAAGAUGUAGAUUUUUUUGGGGGGAAAGAGGGGGGGGGGGGUUCUGUCAUAUAACCAUAUACCCUACAUCUUGAUCCACUCAUAUUAAUGGAACAUUUAUAGAUGAAAUCUUGCCAUUAUUCUUAUAUUUUUGCUCUAGAUUCCAUUAAAAAAAAUUUAUAUUUCCUGAUUUUGGCACUUCAUUCUAUAUUUUCACUCAUAAAGGAAUAAUACAUGUUUGAUAAAUUGUCUGUACAUUUCGGGUUUGAAAUAGAUGCCCUUAUUUUAUAUUUAUUAUUGCAGUAAGGAUUGUCUGUUGAGAAUAGUUGUCCUUCUUUUUACAUGUGUUUGUGAACUCUUUUAUACUUGAUAAUGAUAUGCAAGAUUGUAAACGUAUAAAUGUAAGUUUCUCUAUUUAAUGUAAAUAUAGAUAGAAUAAACAGAGAACGUAUUUGAGAUAACAUUGAUUGCAAUGCUUGGUGAUAUUUUAUCUGUUUUAUAGAAAGUCGGUUUUAUUUUUGUUUAAACUAGAAUCUCUCGCUCUGUAUAUAGCUACUGUACAUUUAGUCUGUCACUUCAAUCUAUCUUUAACUCUUUUAUUUUUAGCCUUUUUGUUUUUGUUUUAAUGCAACUCAUUUUUUUCAAGAAAAUUGACUUUAAUUGUUUUCUUAAUAGAACUGUGUAUAGAAUUUUAAUAAAUGUUUUAAUGUUGCAAAAAUUUGAGCAGUUACAUCAUUGAGACAUAUUUUAUAAUGAUACAAACCUUUGUUGGAAUAACUUUUAAUAGUUUAUACUAUCCAAUAAAAGUAAUAGACUACAAAGUUAAAACGUAUAUAUUUUUAUUGUGUUAAAUGGAUAACAACAAACUCUAUUGCAUAAAUGAGUUUUUACCCUAAAGUGGGAGCAUUAUCCAAGUUUGAACAGGACUUAAGAAUGUGGACCUAAUUGGUUCAGUUGUUCUGUUGUUUUUUUGUAUCCUUUUAUAUUUAAACAAUAUCACUGUAUGAAUAUUUUUUUAACUGUUGAUGAGACAAAAGCGUCUUUUUGGUUUAUUAUCAAAUUAAAUCUAACUUAUUUCUAAUUUACCUGAAUGAAUAUUCCUGUUUUGAGAGUAAUUAAAUUGUGUAUAUUAGCGAAUGGCUCAGAUGGCUGGUCAUUUCAGAAAAUUGUUUUUAUAUUCACAAUCCAUUCUUUACCCUUCCCGUUGGACAAGUAAUCAAGGAUUUAAUUCUUUUUGUCUUACAAUUCUGUAGAUUUAUAAGUAUAACUACUAGUAAACUAAAUGUGCACCCAUUAUUUUUAUCCACCAUUGAUAAAUAAUUAUAUUAUAAUAUAGUUAUUUCUACAUUUAUUACGUUGUUUUUUCUUUAUUGAAAAUUAUAUGAAAAUAUUAAUAUAUCAACAUAAAUUGUGUUUAUAAAAAGUUUUGAUUUGUUUAUUGAUAUGGAUUGUUUAAGGUAAGAUUUCAAUCAAAAAAUUUUAUGAUUUGAGAAAUUCUAUUAAUCAAUUAACAUUCAUGUAAAAUAUAAAACAAGCUUUAGAAAUGGGUAAGAAAGAAAUAUAUAUCUCUGACUGUUACAGGAUAAUUACAAUAAUUGGGACUGCCUUGUUACAAUUGCUAUGGGUUGUGAUAUCUAUGUAUACUUUUAAUGUAUACAUCCUUGUUUAUUGGAAUAUUAUGAUGAAAGGAGCUAACAAGGCUUUUUAAGGAUAGAGCUCUAGUGACAUCCAAAUUUAUUUGUUGUAAAGUAGAUAAACAUAAAAUACACAUCCUGUGUUAAUAUUUUUUUAGCAACACAUGUGCUUGAUAAUUCUUAGCAUCUGUUUUUCAUAUUGUCACUGUAUUUUGCAAAUUCUCCAUUUUACUGAAUUUACUGGUAAUAACAAUGGAAGGCAAAUUUUUAAACUUGAAUCUGGCCAUUUCAUUAUAGUCCAUCAAUAUGACUUGAUUCUGCAAAUUUUAAGAAAUUUCGAAUGCUAUUAAUUUGACCCCAAAAAUUUACUUUGUUUCAUUAUAAUUUUGAAUGAUUGAAGAAUUCAAUAGAAGUUUCAGAGACCAUAGCUUAACAUUAUACUUUAUCCUUUACAUCCUUUUACUCACAAUUGUUGUUUCUGACUAUUGAGGGUGCAUUCAACCCUUUUCUCUAGUGUAAAUGAUACCUUAUUUUAGAAAAUGUAAAUUUUUUUUUUGAUUUAUAAAUGUGCCUGUCACCGUACUUUGACAAUAAAAGAAUAUUAUUGGAAAAAAAAUAGGAAGAAAGAUUAAAAUCAUUUUGAAAACAAAGGUGUCUGAAUUAAUUUGUGCACAUAUUUGGUAUUUUAUGUAUUUAUCAUGAACAGAAAAUGUUUUAUUUUGGAAAUUUAUGUUCUCUAUGAGUUCAUCCAAUAAAAUAUAAAUAAUGUGCAAUAUUA